UAAUUCAAUAUCCUGCAAUCUGCUUCAAUCAUUUUCAUUCUUCUAUAAUAACUCUCCAAGGAGCAAAGAAACUAUUCUGAUUCCAAAAACACAGCAUGAAGGAAACAGAAGCUGGUUCCAGUGAUCUCAGUGCACUUUUAUCUGAUGCAGAUUCACUGGAAACCCAGUCUCCAAGAGCCCUUGGAUCAGUUUCUGGUGCGGUGUUCAACAUCUGCACAACAAUGGUUGGAGCCGGAAUCAUGUCGAUUCCGGCCACCAUCAAGGUUUUAGGAAUCAUUCCGGGCUUUGCCGUCAUGUUCAUGGUUGCUGUCUUGGUUGAAAUCACGGUUGAAUUCUUGUUGAGGUACACUCAACAUGGAAAAUCAACGACUUAUGCUGGAUUAAUGGCUGAGUCAUUUGGAUCAUUGGGUUCCCUUGCUGUUCAAAUCUCUGUUAUGAUCACUAACCUCGGUUGUCUCAUCAUUUACUUGAUUAUAAUUGGAGAUGUUCUGUGUGGGAAUCAAUCUGGGGGGACCUUGCAUUUGGGGGUUUUGCAGGAAUGGUUUGGGAUUCAUUGGUGGAACUCUCGUGCUUAUGUUAUACUCUUGGUUGUGCUCUUUGUUAUGCUUCCAUUGGUGUCCUUGCCUCAUAUGAAUUCAUUGAGGCACAGUUCCGCAAUAUCAAUUCUUCUUGCAUUGGUGUUCAUUGCCAUAAGCUCGGCAAUGGCAAUUUAUGCAUUUUGCAAAGGGAAAACACAGAACAUUAGAUUACUACCAGACUUUGCCAAUCAAGUCUCUGUCUUUGAUCUUUUCACUACUGUUCCGGUCCUCGUAACCGGAUUCAGUUUUAAUGUUAACGUUCAUCCCAUAAGGUCAGAACUCAGCAGACCUUCUGAUAUGAGAUAUGCUGUCAGGGUUUCUUUAGCAAUCUGCUUAGCCAUUUACUUCUCUAUCGGUUUCUUCGGGUACAUGCUCUUCGGGGACUCCAUCAUGGCUGAUAUCCUAGUGAACUUCGAUCAGAAUUCGGAUUCCGCAAUUGGUCGACUCAUAAACGAUACAGUUCGAUUAAGCUACGCGAUGCACCUAGCUCUAGUCUUUCCAGUACUCAACUUCUCAUUGAGGGCUAACAUCGACGAACUCCUCUUCAAAAAGAAGCCCAUCCUAGCCGAAGACAACACGAGAUUCGCGAUUCUCACUUGCGUAUUGCUCACUGUUUCGUAUAUAAUCGCCAUAGUCCUACCGAAUAUCUGGUACUUCUUCCAGUUCCUGGGAUCAACAACUGUUGUUUGCCUAUCAUUCAUUUUUCCAGGAACCAUUGUUCUCAGGGAUGUUCAUGGGAUAUCAACAAGACAAGAUAAGAUGAUAGCCAUUUUGGUGAUAAUGUUGGCUAUUUUGACAAGCAUAAUUGCCAUAGCUACUAACCUGUGGAGCGCGGGGUAGUUUUAUAUUGGAAGACAAAAGCAAGAGAAUGUUAUAGAGAAUUCAAGAGGCCAUGCUAAAGGUCAAAUAAAGCAGCUUGGCCAGCUCAUACAACCUUUACCAGAUUUUAUUGCACCAUAAAGUUGAAAAGAAAUCAACACCUUUGACUUAUUAUUAUAUA